AUGCCUGGGUGCCUUCCUCGUCACAUUCUUCCUAUCCAUAUCCACUUGGCCAUCCCAGGUGCAAACUCUCGAAAGAGGUAUAUGUUUACGCAGAUAUUAAUUUGUAUACCAGUGCUGUACCAUUUUUUAACACACUCCUUACCACCGAAUUGUUCGCGCCAUGGUCAAAAAUAUCUCAACCCUAGUCAAGCCCGGAUCUUUUUCCUGUCCCUGGUUAACAUGGAUGUAAGGGCAACGAGUGGUCAGUUUCAUCUUGCAGCUAAGAAGCGAGUGCAGCUUUGCAAGGUUUUGCAGCAAACGACCUUUCCAACGCGGUUACAAGAAGCACAGCAGCCAAUUCUUUGCGAAUAUAUUGAUUGA